GGAGCUGAGACCAGUCAGAGGGGACAGGAGCUGAGACCAGUCAGAGGGGACAGGAGCUGAGACCAGUCAGAGGGGACAUGGAUCUCACAGCAUUGAUGGUGUUUCUGUCUGUCUGCAGCUCAGGACUCUGGGCUGAACACACAGCAGUGGUGUCUGAGGUCAGACUGGUGGACGGGACCAGCAGCUGUGGAGGAAGACUGGAGAUGAAGGAUCAGGGAAUCUGGAGAGAGGUGGAAGACAAUGAACUUAACUGGACCCUGACCUCAGCAGCGGAGCUGUGCAGACAGCUGGACUGUGGAUCUGUGGUGUCUCUGCGAAGAUAUUGGAUUUCCUCUGUCUACAUCAUCUGUUCAGACUCAGUCAGACUGGUGAAUAGGACUGGUCUGUGCUCAGGCAGACUGGAGGUCAGGUCUGACCAGUUGACUCGGUCCUGGUCCUCAGUGAGUGAAGAUGGUUUUGACCAGCAGGAUGCAGAGGUGGUCUGCAGGGAGCUGGGCUGUGGUCCUCCUUCAGUCCUUCAGGGGGYRCUCUAUGGAGAACCAGAGGCUCCAACCUGGAGCAGAGAGUUCCACUGUAAAGGCAACGAAGCUGCACUUUUGGACUGUGGCGAUUCUAUUAGAAAUUAUUCUGGUAAMGCUGUUGGACUUGUCUGUUCAGGUAAAGAAAUGUUUCACAGUAAAGAACUACAGUUUAUAUUUAUCUUGUCAWGUUGUAGAAUKAAAUGAAGGGAAAAACAAGGUGAUACUGGUUCUGCACUCUGCUACACUGUUGGAGGCACCAGGUCAGAUAGGCCUACUGAUCCAUCAUUUAUUCACCCAGUUAGAAAUCAGACAUAUCAAAAAGAAAAAUCAGUAGGUCCUCUGGAUGGUUCUUCUUUAGUGAAACGUUUCGUCUCUCCUCCAAGAGA